AUGGGAAGACCCACGAGGAUGCACGCGCAGGCAGGGGUGUAUGGACAACGAGACGAGCGGGUGCGCGGAUGGAGAAUAGGGCGAAUGCGAACGCGGGGGCGCGUGGGAAGACGCGUGAGGAUGCACGCGCGGGGGCGUGCGGGUGGCGAGCGACUUCUGGAAAUUUGGACGGACGCGAACACGGUGGGAGGGAGUGGCGCGUGGCUGCUGUCUGCACGUCUGCAACCGCGGGCUGCAACGGGAGACACCCACCACCCAAUCCCCUUCCCUUGCAGGUUUUUGAAGAGUGAGGCCCGCUGGGUGUGGGUUGCAGUGCCAUAUGCUCGUCUGCAUAGCGUGGCGUCUGCACAUCUGCAUGGCUGCAUGUCUUGGCAUUUGGUCUGCUGCAACACCGCAGGCUGCAGAGGCGACUGGUGGGUGGCGGCUGGUGCGGGGCGAACGCGGACGGGAUGUGGCGGGCGCGCGGGAGGUUCUGCGCUCGGUGGGCGCAUGGCGACCGGUGGGAUGGUCGCCAGCGGGGCGGACGUGGUUGACAUGUGGCGUCUGUUUUACAGCCACAAUGGUACUGGCGCGGGUGGGUGCACUGUGGGGUGUGGUGGACGCGUGUUCGGUGGCCGGGUGUGUGUCCGGGCAUGUGGCGGGCUUGGACGGGAGUGCACGAGCGGGGGAGAGUGUGUGCUGCAGCUGCACGCGUCUGCUGAGACAGACAAGGGCGUGGAGGGGGCAACACUCGCGGUGGGAAUGGGCGGAUGGGCGCAAGCGCGGAUGGGCGCACGGCGCAGAUGGGCGCACGGCGCGGGUGGGCGCACGGCGCGGUUGGGCGCACGGCGCGGUUGGGCGCACGGUGCGGUUGGGCGCACGCUGGAUGGGCGCACGUUGGAUGGGCGCACGUUGGAUGGGCGUACGUUGGAUGGGCGCACGUUGGAUGGGCGCACGUUGGAUGGGCGCACGUUGGAUGGGCGCACGUUGGAUGGGCGCACGUUGGAUGGGCGCACGUUGGAUGGGCGCACGUUGGAUGGGCGCACGUUGGAUGGGCGCACGUUGGAUGGGCACACGUCGGAUGGGCGCACGUUGGAUGGGCGCACGUUGGAUGGGCGCAUGGCGGAUGGGCCCAUGGCGGAUGGGCCCAUGGCGGAUGGGCCCAUGGCGGAUGGGCAUAGUGCGGAUGUGCGCAAGCGCGGAUGA